ACCUAACAGCGCCUACUACAAAAGCUCAAAACCUAGCUCACUCUUUUAUCACCUCCGCGCGACUCAAUUUCCCACCACUAAGUCGGAGAUCUCGCUGCCGCGGCGCCACUAGAAACAAUGGCUGUUCCUUUGCUCGACAAGAAGAUUAUCAAGAAGCGUGUCAAGAAGUUCAAGAGGCAUGAGAGUGAUCGAUAUGUCUCCCUGAAGACAAACUGGCGUAGGCCCAAGGGUAUUGACUCACGUGUCAGGAGAAAGUUUAAAGGAUGCACACUGAUGCCAAACAUCGGUUAUGGUUCAGACAAAAAGACUCGCCAUUAUCUCCCUAAUGGAUUUAAGAAAUUUGUUGUCCACAAUGCCAAAGAACUCGAAAUUUUGAUGAUGCACAACAGGACAUACUGCGCAGAGAUAGCACACAAUGUGUCUACUAAGAAAAGAAAGGAAAUUGUUGAGCGUGCAGCGCAGUUGGAUGUUGUCGUGACCAACAAACUUGCUAGGUUGCGUAGCCAAGAGGAUGAGUGAGCUUUGCAAUAGCAGUUAUCUUCAAUUACUUCAUUAGGUAGCAUUAGAAGAUUUGACAGGACAGUGAUCAGGUUGAUUUUGUGUGUAUUCAGAAGUUUUUUCCUUUCUUUUUAUUAUUUUUAAACUUGUGUGGCAUGCUACUUUAUAAAUUUCUGCAAUGACAAUUUAAUUUACCUUCUACAUUUUUUUCC